CUGCAGGUGCACCUGUGCGAGGUGGAGCGCCCUCAGGAGCUGGUCAGUCUCGAUUUCCCCCUUAGUGUGCGCAAGGGGCACCCCCUUGCUGUAGCCGUCAGGAUCCUGCGGCCGGAUGCCACCAAGAAUGCCAGGAACGACUUCCUGAAGGAGGUGAAGAUCAUGGCGAGGCUGAAGGACCCAAACAUCAUCCGGCUGCUGGGCGUGUGCGUGCAGGACGACCCUCUCUGCAUGAUCACCGACUACAUGGAGAACGGCGACCUGAACCAGUUCCUUAGUGCGCACCAGCUGGAGGACAAGGCGGCCGCGGGGGCCCCUGAGGGUGGGGAGCCCGCCCAGGGGCCCACUAUCAGCUACCCGAUGCUGUUGCACGUGGCAACCCAGAUCGCCUCGGGCAUGCGCUACCUGGCCACACUCAACUUUGUGCACCGGGACCUGGCCACAAGGAACUGCCUGGUUGGGGAAAAUUUCACCAUCAAAAUCGCCGACUUCGGCAUGAGCAGGAACCUCUACGCCGGGGACUACUACCGGGUGCAGGGCCGGGCAGUGCUGCCCAUCCGCUGGAUGGCCUGGGAGUGCAUCCUCAUGGGGAAGUUCACCACGGCCAGCGACGUGUGGGCCUUCGGGGUGACCCUGUGGGAGGUGCUGAUGCUCUGCCGGGCCCAGCCCUUCGGGCAGCUGACAGACGAGCAGGUCAUCGAGAACGCAGGGGAGUUCUUCCGGGACCAGGGCCGCCAGGUGUACCUGUCCCGGCCACCUGCCUGCCCCCUGGGCGUGUAUGAGCUGAUGCUUCGGUGCUGGAGCCGGGAGCCGGAGCAGCGGCCGCCCUUUUCCCAGCUGCACCGGUUCCUGGCAGAAGAUGCACUCAACACAGUGUGAAUCCUGACGCCCAGCCGCCUCCCUCAGGGGGCUCAGGGGAGCCAGGCGCCAACCAGAGGAGCCCAUGGCCCCCGCCCCCUGCCCUUUACCUCUGAGAGGCAGUGUGACCCCUCGCUGCUCCCCUCCUAGCAGCCCCCCCCCGCCCACCCAGCGGGCCUGUGGCCAGACCCUCUCAGGCCUCUUCUGGCCGUCCCUUGGGGAGGCCUGGGGCAGACACAGGGCAGACACUGGACUUGGCCUCUGGAGCCCCUGGGCCCCUGGACAACACUGGUUCUUGGAGGGAAGGUGUGGCCCACAGCCUCUCUCUCCGUCACACACUGGACCCCACUGGCUGAGGACCUGGGAGGUGAGGAGGGCGCAAAAGGAAUUGUCCUCCGCUUGGCUCCCCUCCCGCCCAUCCGCAGAAACACUGGACCUGGGUGACCCUGCCCGGCCCCAGUCACGCCCACCUCUCCUGCCCGUUAGAGCUAGAACUCCUCUAAGCCGAUGUUUCUGUGGAAUAAAUAUUGGAAUUAGGGGACAGGGGAAAACGCCCGUGGCCCUGGGGUCAGCAUCUCUGUCGCAGCUGCCACAUUGGUUUUUCUAUGAUCACUUGGGGUUUGUACAUUUUUGGCGGAAGAGACACAGAUUUUUACACUAAUAUAUGGAUCAAGCUCAGUGUAAUUUUAAUCCCCUGCACUAGGCAGGUAACAAUAAAGGUUGAGUUUUCCACA